UCUGCCACCAAGACACGGUAUGGAAGCUAUUGCCAAGUUCGAUUUCCAUGCAUCUGGAGAGGAUGAGUUGAGUUUCCAGGCUGGGGAUAUGCUGAAGGUUUUGAGCUCCCAGGAAGAGUGGUACAAGGCUGAGCUCAGAAGCCAGGAGGGCUACGUUCCUAAGAACUUCAUUGAUUUCCAUGUUCCCCCCUGGUUUGAUGAGAGGAUAUCCCGCCAUGAAGCAGAGAACCUCCUCAUGAGCAAAGGAGUUGGCUCCUUCAUUGUCCGAGCCAGUCAGAACUCUCACGGUGAAUUCUCCAUCUCUGUCAGGCAUGAAGAUGAUGUGCAACACUUCAAAGUGAUGAGGGAUUCAAAGGGUAGCUAUUACUUGUGGGCAGAGAAAUUCCACUCACUAAACAAGCUGGUGGACUACUACAAGACGACUUCCAUCUCCAGGCAGAAGCCGAUCCUCCUGAGGGACAGCAGUCAAGAAGAGAAGGAGAGGCAUGGUGGGAGCCUGGAACGGAUGAGCCGGGAAGGAUUCCACCUGGGUGGAGCAGCUGGAGAAGAUUACUCUUCUACAGCCAAGAGAUACGUAGAGCACCCUAUCCCCAUACUGCAGCAGCAACAGGAUAGAUAUGGUGGGAGUCUGGACAGGAAAGAUGGGUUGCGUGGACUAAGGGAUCAUGGCCAAGGAAGUGCAGCAGCCAUGCAUCGGAGACAUACAGACCCACUGCACCAGCAGACACCGCGCACGCUAUGGGUCCGGGCCUUAUAUGACUUUGAGGCUGUGGAGCAUGAUGAGCUGGGCUUCCGCAGUGGAGACAUCUUAGAAGUCCUGGACAGCUCCAACCCAUCAUGGUGGAAAGGACGUCUGCGUGGGGAACUGGGUCUCUUUCCUGCCAACUAUGUCACACCAGUGCUCCUGUGA